CAAUAUUCGAGAUUUCUUGAUUCUUGUCAGUUAUGAGGUGGUAGGGUAGUUUGUGCUAAUUAACUGUCACUGUUUUUCACACCUUAUUUUGUAGCUUGUUAAUAGCACCAGUGAAGUACCGCAAACAACUUUAUUUGACGUAUUGAUAAUCAACAAACUGGAAACCGAAAGUGUUAAAGACUUUACAAAGCUACAAACAUGACCACAAAAGUUCGAUUUCCUGAUAUUCCUGCAGACAGUGUUUACCAAGGAAAAUACAAAGACUGGACACCAGAGCUUCGUGCUGCAGGAAAGCUGACUGCUCUUUCUGGAGAUAGUGUGUCACAAUGUAUGAAGACACCAAAACGGCCCGAGAGCCCACCAGUUAUUCGCCGAUUCCGUGACACAUUUGAGCCGGAGGCUGGCGCUAUCCGAGUGUUCUAUGGAAAAGCUCUUGACCCGCACAGAGACUGGGCAGCCAAGAUGGUCCACGGUAUCAGCUACAGGCAGGGAAACAUCACGGCCGGAAAACUGCUUAACCCGUUCCCGAAAACGCUCUUCCGACAGAAACUGCUUGAUAAAAAAGAGAACAUCUACAACAGUCACAUCCGGGCUCCGCUCGGGGAGUCACAUGACCAGCGGCCAGGGCUACCAAGUCGACACCAUUCGAAGACUUUUACGUUUGGCAUUCGCUCGAAAGUUGACAGUGGCGCCGGUACUCUGAUUAAUCCAGAUAAAACCUACGCGGAGGUGGAAGAGGAGACAAACGUCGGCCACCCGAUGUACGUAAAGACUCAUGUCGACUAUCACCCGGGGGAAAGAAUCCAGAGGAGCUACACUUCACCCGGGUUCUGCAGCACCAACAAGUUCGGUAUUCCUACGCCACACACAACUGACGGACGGAACGCUAAAAGAACCUUGCGAUGGCUUCACGAAACCAACAAAGAAAAAGCGACGCAGCUCGUCGGGAAACGGUUGGAUGAUUUCCUAGAUAGAUACCAGUACCAGCUAGGAAAAGUCCGUGAUCCAAUUAAAGACACUAUGUUGGUGCCGGAGGACCAUAUAUUUGGUUUGUACCUAAAACCCGAUGAAUAUUCCGCAGGGGAUCUGAUUCACAACCGGGUACCUGGCGAAUAUCUCCGGGGCAAGGAUCGACAGCGUGCCCUGGUCGCCACGAUACGACACAACCUGAAAAAACUCAACUACCAUAACUUCCAAGAUCUUCUGUCGGCAUUUAAAUUCUAUGACAAGUCAGGGUGUGGUAAGAUCAGUCUAGAAGAUCUCCGUGAGGCGUGUAUCCAGUUCCAGCUGCCGGCCGAACCCGAACUACUGGAGCAGCUCGUCGACACGUGCGACGUGGACCGCGACGGACUCAUCAACUACAUUGAGUUCUGCAACUUCCUCAACUGGAAGGACAAGAUGCCGUCGGGGUUCCCAGAUGUACCAGAGCACUGCAAGACCUCAUCCGAAGAGACGAAACAAGGCGACUUGGUCCCGAAAUCUCCUCAAAGCAACGAGAGCACGCCGCGCCGACUACAGAAGCAGAUUGACAAGGCGAUCGGGAACCACCACACCAGCGCACAGAUGAUCAAUGCAGUCGUCGGGGGAGUCGACACUAGAGACUACCGGAAGUACGGUGUCCCCACCGUCCGCAUCGACAUUGCCGCUCCAAGGAUCCGCCGCAUCAACGACAGAACGAAUUACGGGAAUGAGUCUGACGCCUGGGGCUUGCUCAAUCCGUCCCUUUUCAGCCAGAAGGGCGUGUAUGAGGUCGACCUGCUGGUUCCUCGGACAAUAGAAGAGAUCAAGGAGAUAAUGGAAAAUAUUGGCGUGUACAUGACAGGUGAAACGUUGCACAAACUAUACAAGUACACAGCGGAGAAUCAUCCUAAAGGUGACGUCAGCGUCGAGAGUUUCCGGACUACUUUAGACCAGUUGGACGCCAGAGAUAUUGUCACGGGCAAACAUAAAAUGGCCGUUUAAUAGAGACAGAAUAUCUUUAAAAUGCAAUAAAUAUGUAAAUAUGGUAAACUGUAUACUCUUGUAGUGAACAUGUGAAAAAAAGAACAAAAAUGCUUGAGCUCCAAACAUUUUUCAUAAAUGAGAUGCUGUAACAGAAACAAAAUUAUAACAAUUAUGAAGAUGAAGAUUUGGAAAGUAGGAUAUAUUUUAUCAAAGGGUAAGAUAAUAAUUAUUUUAGAUGAUGUUUCGGAAUGUAAUUAAAAAAAAAAAAAAAAUUCAAAUAAAAAUAAUUGAGUUUUUGAAAGUAGGAUUUUUAUCCAAGGGUAAGACUAUUAACAAAAUGUGCAGGACUAAACAGAUACAGUUUUGCAAGAUUUUACCAUACUCUGUUGGUGUAACCAUUUAGAAUAGCAGGGGAUUAUUCAUGCAAAGUAGCAAGACAAAUUACAUCUUUUGUCUGAAAACAUUCCUGAAAUUUUAACACUUCAUCUCAGAUGCCACGAAAAA